AUGGCCGCAAGCGACAACCUACGACGGCUGCAUUCAAAAGAAUCGAACCGCGACUGCAUUUACCGAGCCCUAGAGAAGACACCAAGCAUAUACAAUGGGUGUCCUCUGUUCCAUGCUGCUGGGUUCAUGGCCGGACUCUUCAUGAUGCCUAGUGGCAGUAUCUUGAUUAUCGGUCCUCCGGGGCAGCCGUCCAGUCCUCAAAUGUUUAAACAGAUGCUGCAUGCGACUCGACCUGAGAGUGUAUUUCUGCCGCCAUUGGUCGUCGACCAGAUUGCACAAGAACCGGCCAUGGUCAAAGAGGCCUCUAAGCUUAAGAUGCUUGCAUUCGGAGGUGGCUCCAUAAGCCAAGAGGCAGGUGAUACCCUUGCAAAGAAGACUCAAAUGAUCAACAUAAUUGGCAGCAGCGAGUGCGGUUUGCUAGGCGAAUACAUCAAAACUGGGAUUGGUUCCAUUUCGCAGAGCCCGAGAUGGGCAUAA